AUGGACAAGUUUCGGGUGACAAAGGUCGAGUCGGUGCUGUUGCAGCGCGGUAGAGAGUGCCAGCGAGGCACUCUCCUCUUGACGCAGCACCAUCUCGUCUUUGUCCUCGAUGAGGCCGUGGGCCAGAGCGACGAAAGUGAAGAGAAGAGGUCAGGGAAAGGGGAGUUUUGGUUUGCCUACUCUCUACUAUGGCUUGUUACAAGACUUCCUUCAUUGCUAGACUUUGACGCCUCGCAGGCAUCGGCUCAGACGCUCGGAAGGGCGGCGACUUCGAAACGCAUCUAUCCACUGAUGUUGAGACUACGAAAUUUCGAAAGCGCUGCUCUAGGAUUCACUUCAGACACGAGCGCAACUGACGUCUUCGAGAGCCUCAGAAGCGUAGUGAUCGCCCCAACUCCUCGAUCUCUUUACGCCUAUAAUUAUCACCCCAGACCACCACUGCAGCUCUCACCGAAGGGGUGGUUGGUGUACGACUUCAAGCGAGAGUUUGGGCGCAUGGGUGUUGGAACUAGGACAAAGGCGUGGAGAUUCUGCGAUGUCAACUCAACUUAUACCUUCUGCCCCACAUACCCUUCCCAUCUUGUCGUUCCCACCCGGAUCUCCGACGCGACGAUUCGCUAUGCGUCAAAGUACCGUUCCAAAGCUCGCAUCCCCGCCCUGACCUACUUGCACUGGGCCAACCUCGGCAGCAUCACGAGAUCCUCUCAGCCCAUGGUCGGCCUCAACAAUCGAAGCAUGCAGGAUGAAAAGCUCAUCGAAGCCAUCUUCACCAGCCACCUCUUUGCUGAUCCGAACAGCCCAUCGGCCAGGUCUGCGGCCACGGCCAGCGCAGAGCAUGCUUCUGGCGGGAACCAGUCGGACCGGGGCAACAUUGUUGCUAUCUACGGUGCUACGACGACCAACCUUAUCAUAGACGCAAGACCGACAACAAAUGCCGUCGCCAAUCGUGCAAAAGGGGCCGGGACGGAGAACAUGGAGCACUAUCGUGGCUGCAAGAAGGCCUACCUCGGCGUAGAAAACAUUCACGUCAUGCGCGACUCUUUGGCAAAGGUCACCGACGCUCUACGCCAGGCCGAGGCUCCCGCCACCUUCGGCAUGUCAGUCGUCGCCGCCAUCGAGCCCGUGGUUGAGGAGCAGGACGACGGCGGUCUUGCGACCUCGUCGAGGCUAAUGAAGCGGGAAGCGACUGCCCCCCCUUUGGACCACGUUGCCUUGAAAAGGUCCCAGUGGCUUAAGCACAUCUCUGCACUCCUGGAAGGGACCCUUAUCAUCGCACGAAACGUCCACAUCAACUCGUCGCACGUCCUCAUCCACUGUUCCGACGGCUGGGAUCGCACUUCGCAGCUGGCGUCGCUCUCCGAGCUCUGCCUGGAUCCGUACUAUCGGACAAUGGAAGGAUUUGCCGUUCUCAUAGAGAAGGACUGGUGCAGUUUUGGCCAUCGCUUCUGGGACCGCUGUGGCCAUGCCAGCAGUGAAAAGUACUUUACAACAGCGCAUGGUUACGGUGAAGAUGACAGUGACGACGAUUAUGAGGGCGAUGACAGUCGAGGCGGCUUCGAACAGGCGGCCGCCAAUGCCCUUUGGGGCUUCACAAGGCAGCUCACAGCCAACUUUCCGGGCGGUGGCGAUGGUCACAGCAGCGGAGCCCACCUGAAGGAGACAUCGCCCGUCUUUCAUCAAUUUCUUGACUGCGUCUGGCAGAUCAAGCGGCAGUUCCCUCGCCGCUUCGAGUUCAAUGAUGAGUGGCUCCUCGAGCUCUUCACCCAAGUGUACGAAUGCCGAUUCGGCACCUUUCUGCACAACUCCGAGAAGGAGAGAAUCAAGCCAGACGACGAUGGCGCGCCAGCAGCUUCGACGACGAUCAGCGUGUGGGACUACAUGCUCGAUCCAGCGCAGAAAGAGAAGUUCCGGAACCAAUCCUUUGAUGCCAGCCUCGACGACCCGAAGCGAGAGGCGGCCGACAUGGGCGUGUUGCUUCCCAACUCGCGAGAUGUCGGCUUCUUUGCCAAGCUUUUUCGACGUGGGGAUGAGGAUAUGAAUACACUCGUGGUGGCCGAGGCCAGGGAGCGGAAAAGGCUGCUGGAGCUAGAAGCAAAGCAGAGGGCAGAGGAAGAAGAAGAGAGGAGGAGGAUCGAAAAUCAGGGGCCGAGUGAGGUUGAUGGUGUCACGGUGGGACCGGCUGUCAGCGAUGCGGCACACGACCCUGUCCUCAAUGGUGUUGUCGAUGUCAACAGGCUCGCAUACAAGCCUCGCGUGCCCAAGGCCGGCGGCAACCGAGCACCAGCUGGUGCGUCGCGGACCCCGCAGGCUGCCUCGAUGACACCCUCGAGCUCAUCAUCACAGAGGUCCGACGAGGGCUCUCGAGGGACGAACCAAGGAGCAGCGGAUGCAGCGGCUCGGAUGAAGAAUAUGUUCAUUGGAUGGGGUACCAAGCUUCAGGAUGCCUAUGCGUCGGCAACCGGACCUGUGUCCUCUGACGAGGAGCAGGAGCGAGAGUCAACCGAGCGUCAGCGAAGCCAGCUUUCUUCUUCAGUCUUGGCCCCCGAAACGGAUGCUUGGGGGAAUGCCUGGUCCCCAGACAUUCGACCGCCGUCGAGGUUUGUCUCAAACGUGGCUCCGCAAGACCAGAGAAGGCAACCGUCCACAGAUGGGAAUCCUUGGGCUUCCCCAUCCGCUGUCACUUUUCCAACAAAGAAGAAGUCGGCGCUUGCAAACACUCUUUUUGACGAAGAGGACGCUCAAUUCAAGAUUCAAGGCUCUUCCUCGCCAUCCAAGGCUGUCGAAAAACUCCCACCGGUGCCGGAGUCCGCCGGAAAACCUCCUCCUCCUCCUCCACCACCGAAGGACGAAGCCGAAUCUUAUGAUCCCCUCGGCGUCGGAGGGCUAUGAUGUCGAUCUUGGAUCCAUCCUCAAUGUAUCAAUAGCAUGACCAGAAAGCAAUGAAGGGACGAGCACAAGGUGGACUCGCAUAGCACCCC